ACCUGCGAAUUGUCUCAAUUUUGCGCACACCUCUGGCCCUGGCCCGCUGCACCUCCGUUCCAGGCCCCCAACGGACCGUGUCGUCCCCAGAACAGGUGCUUGGCAGAGGGCGCGAGGUGACCUGCGAUGUAGAACAGCACCCCUACCCUCCUUGGGACUAGCCCGGAGAGAACUGCAACUCCCCACUCCGCUCUCCUUAAACUUUGAAAACUCUGCCUCCCUCCGGGCUGAGCUCCCCUCCACCCCCGCAAAUAUUGACAUAUUGGAAGCUGCCAAGUCUUUUUUUGUUUCUUGUUUGUGCAGAGGGGUUUCCAAGAACCCUUCUCGGAACCCCCACCCCCACCCAAUGACGUCAGUGGCAUUCACUCCCGGCUUUCGCCUCUUAUGAUUUUUGUUGUUAAAACUUUUCUGCGAGGUGAGGUGGGGGUUGGGGGAGUGGGAGAAGGAGUUGAUUCAAAGAGCCAGUGCCCUGAGGGGAAAUAGCAAUAAGAUUACGGCUGCUUCUUUCCGAGGUAAAGCUUAAGAAGGUGCUAAUCCACUCGGUCGCUAAUUGAAAGGUUGUAAAAAUGAUAUUCGCCUCGAGUUCGGACAGUCUCUGGGCUUCCCUCACCCUCCGCGCUUAGGCUCAGUGGACUUGAGUUCGAGCUUCUUUAACGAUUGUUUGAGAAGUAAAAGGGAGAGAAAGAGAAUGCAGGCUCUCGCUGGUCUGGGACCUGGGCCCGCCGCCUCACUUCCUGGGAUCCUCCGAAAGUCGCGGUCCUACGAAGCCUCGCACUGGAGGCAGCCGACCGGGGCUCCUGGCGCCACCCCCUUAGCCUCUUUGAUUUGGGUCUUCUCCGGGCGCUGGUUGGGAGGUACUGGGCCGCCGGAGGACCGUCCCCAGGCCGAGAUGGUGAAGGGGUCGUGCUAUUCCCAACCUGGCCCGGGCAGGAGAGGCCAUCGCUCACUCCUGAACUCUUCCCAGACUCCUUGGCCGCGGCAUUAGUGGGUCUGGGUUGAGGAAGAGAGGGUGAUACCCACAGUAGGCCCGCGGCUCAAGGCAGUCUGCAGCGAUCAUUCUCACUGUCCCAGCUCCCAGGGGCCGCAGCCCAUCAGCGCUAAGUUCAGACUUUACUGAUGAGCUCUGACUUUCAGCACUUUUCACAAGUCCAGAGGAGUCAAGCAUACCGGUGGUGGCUUCUUUUCAGCCACCCUGCCUCAGCUCUUCCAAUCCCAUUCUCCUUUACCGGGUCCUGGGGUGUGUGCCCCAUGCCAAACUUUUCCUUUUCCUUGCAUCAUGGCCUGCAAGCUCCAGAGAGCUCAGCACUUCGCAGGACUAGGCAGCCGCUCCCUCCCGUCACCUUAACUGCGGGCACCAAGGGGAGCCUUUGGAGUGUACUGAGGUGUGUCCUAAUUGUCCGGCAUUCAACAAAUGGACUUCUGGUGUGUGGUCAGAAGAGAAAAGCCAUUUACUUACUUUCCUCCCGGUUUUCUGGCAACAGCUGAGGGGGAGCUGCCUCCGUGGAAUGAGCAGACCCAGGAGAGGGAAUCGUGAUAGGAGACUCACGCACCACACAAGAUAACGGGUGACACACAGCGAUACACGCUGACACACCGACAUCGCUGGCAAGCGCUCAAGCGCGCGCGCACAUUCUCUCUCUCUCUCUCUUUCCCAGCAUUGGUCGUCUCAUUCCACUCCAGGCCUCCACCCCCCCCAUCUCCCCCUCGCGUCCCCUCCUCUCGGGCGCCUGGAAAAGCAGCCGCACUUAGUCAACAAAUGGCACGUGGGAGAAGUUGGUGAGUGUUUGGUGAGGACUCUUCAGGGCUUUUCACAAGAACCCUCUGUACACAAAGGAUCUGAGAAUUGCUCUCACACACCAAACCAGCAGCGUCCGUGGAGAAAACUCUCGCCAGCAACUCCUUUAAAACACCGUCAUUUCAAACCUUUGUGGUCUUUAAGCAACAACAACAGCAAAAAAACCCCAAACCCAACCAAACAAAACUCUUGACAGGACCUUUGACGAGGGAGGAUGCCUCAUAAAGGGGGAAGACUUUAACUAGGGGCGCGCAGAUGUGUGAGACCUUUUAUUGUGAGAGUGGACAGACAUCCCAGAUUUCAGAGCCCUAUAUUCGAGCCUCGUGGGAUCCCUCGGCCCCCAGCCAGCGCCAGUAUGCAGAACAGUCACAGCGGAGUGAAUCAGCUCGGUGGUGUCUUUGUCAACGGGCGGCCACUGCCGGACUCCACCCGGCAGAAGAUCGUAGAGCUAGCUCACAGCGGGGCCCGGCCGUGCGACAUUUCCCGAAUUCUGCAGACCCAUGCAGAUGCAAAAGUCCAAGUGCUGGACAAUCAAAACGUGUCCAACGGAUGUGUGAGUAAAAUUCUGGGCAGGUAUUACGAGACUGGCUCCAUCAGACCCAGGGCAAUCGGUGGUAGUAAACCGAGAGUAGCGACUCCAGAAGUUGUAAGCAAAAUAGCCCAGUAUAAGCGGGAGUGCCCGUCCAUCUUUGCUUGGGAAAUCCGAGACAGAUUACUGUCCGAGGGGGUCUGUACCAACGAUAACAUACCAAGUGUGUCAUCAAUAAACAGAGUUCUUCGCAACCUGGCUAGCGAAAAGCAACAGAUGGGCGCAGACGGCAUGUAUGAUAAACUAAGGAUGUUGAAUGGGCAGACCGGAAGCUGGGGCACCCGCCCCGGUUGGUAUCCGGGGACGUCGGUGCCAGGGCAACCUACUCAAGAUGGCUGCCAGCAACAGGAAGGAGGGGGAGAGAAUACCAACUCCAUCAGUUCCAAUGGAGAAGACUCAGAUGAGGCCCAAAUGCGACUUCAGCUGAAGCGGAAGCUGCAAAGAAAUAGAACAUCCUUUACCCAAGAGCAAAUUGAGGCCCUGGAGAAAGAGUUUGAGAGAACCCAUUAUCCAGAUGUGUUUGCCCGAGAAAGACUAGCAGCCAAAAUAGAUCUACCUGAAGCGAGAAUACAGGUAUGGUUUUCUAAUCGAAGGGCCAAAUGGAGAAGAGAAGAGAAGCUGAGGAAUCAGAGAAGACAGGCCAGCAACACACCUAGUCAUAUCCCCAUCAGCAGUAGUUUCAGUACCAGUGUCUACCAACCAAUCCCACAACCCACUACACCUGUUUCCUCCUUCACCUCUGGUUCCAUGUUGGGCCGAACAGACACAGCCCUCACCAACACCUACAGUGCUCUGCCACCCAUGCCCAGCUUCACCAUGGCAAAUAACCUGCCUAUGCAACCCCCAGUCCCCAGCCAGACCUCCUCGUACUCCUGCAUGCUGCCCACCAGCCCUUCGGUGAACGGGCGGAGUUAUGAUACGUACACACCCCCCCACAUGCAGACACACAUGAACAGUCAGCCGAUGGGCACCUCGGGCACCACUUCCACAGGACUCAUUUCCCCUGGUGUGUCAGUUCCAGUUCAAGUUCCUGGAAGUGAACCUGAUAUGUCUCAAUAUUGGCCAAGAUUACAGUAAAAAACAAAAAACAAAAACAAUCAAAAAAACAAAAAGAAAGGAUAUAUUGUGUUAACUCAGUCAGUGACUCUGUGGACACAACAGUUGGGCGUUCAGGAAGGAAAGAAAAAUGGCUGUUAGAAGCACUUCAGUUCUGCAAUUGUGUCCUGUGUUGUACCACUGGGGAAUGGACUUGAAACAAGGACCUUUGUAUACAGAAGGCGCUAUAUCAGUUGGAACAAAUCUUCAUUUUGGUAUCCAAACUUUUAUUCAUUUUGGUGUAUUAUUUGUAAAUGGGCAUUUGUAUGUUAUAAUGAAAAAAGAACAACGUAGACUGGAUGGAUGUUUGAUCCCUGUUGGUCAUGAAGGUGUUAAAAACAACAAAAAACAAAGGAAAUCAUGAUCAACAAGCUUUGCCAUGAAUUUAAGAGUUUUAUCAAGAUAUAUCGAAUACUUCUACCCAUCUGUUCAUAGUUUAUGGACUGAUGUUCCAAGUUUGUAUCAUUCCUUUGCAUAUAAUUAAACCUGGAACAACAUGCACUAGAUUUAUGUAAGAAAUAUCUGUUGGUUUUCCAAAGGUUGUUAACAGAUGAAGUUUAUGUGCAAAAAAAGGGUAAGCUAUAAAUUCAAGGACGAAAAAAGUUGAUAGCUAAAAGGUAGAGUGUGUCUUCGAUAUAAUCCAAUUUGUUUUAUGUCAAAAUGUAAGUAUUCGUCUUCCCUAGAAAUCCUCAGAAUGAUUUCUAUAAUAAAAUUAAUUUCAUUUAUAUUUGACAAGAAUACGCUAUAGAUGUUUUAUACACAUUUUCAUGCAAUCAUAAGUUUCUUUUUUGGCCAGCAAAAGUUAAUUGUUCUUAGAUAUAGUUGUAUUACUGUUCACAGUCCAAUCAUUUUGUGCAUCUAGAAUUCAUUCCUAAUCAAUUAAAAGUGCUUGCAAGAGUUUUAAACUUAA